CAAUUUGUUCAAAAUAAUGUGCUCAAUUUUUCCCUCGCCGGACACGGUUCGCCUCGGCGCCAGCAGCCGUCGCCUGGCCGAUCUUUCCCCCAAAUCGACGAGGUAGAACUCCCGACGAACCCUAGUCAUAAUCGGAGCCAGCCCGUCGCUCGCCGUUGCUGAUGGACGGCGGAAGUAGCAGCCUCCGCGUUGUUCGGCCGCAGCGGCGGUACAUCCCCUACAAGCAGGAGCAAGAUGAGGACAAAUCGCAGGUGCUCGCGAAGAUUGGCGCGGCGUACAAGGAAGCUUGCGUCCGGAUCGACGCGGGGAAGACGACGCACACCACGCUCGCGCGCCUGUACGAAGCCGGCGUCUGCAUCGGGCUGCUGGACCCCGUCUCCAACAUCUUGACCAACACCCUCGCCGCCGGCAGGCUCAGCGAAGCCCUCGAAGCGGAGGCGGAGGCGGAGGCGGAGGCCUCGGCCGGCGCCGUCGAUCCGGAGAGGCUGCAGAAGAUGGGGCAGCUUUCUUUCGACGCACUCAAAGCCUUCCUGAUCCGCUUCUUCCCCUACCUCGCCGGCUGGGAGGCCGUGCGCUACCUGCGGCUCGGCGAGGCCGACCUGCUCGUCGCCGCGCGCCUCGUCGUGGCGGACCGCGGCAUGGCGGGGUUCUCCGUCGCCUCCGCCGCGUCGGCGUGCGCCUUCAAGGCGGCCCUUGGCGUCGCCGCGCGGAUCGCCGGCCACCCUCGGCCGGAGCAGCUCGUCCGUGUCUGGAUAACAAUGUCGGCGCAUCCGGACCAAACGCUGGUCUUGCUCGAAGCCGUGAAGCAGCCCGACGAUCCCCGUCGGAGCCUCUCUGAACUCAAGACUCUGCUCGAUAACACGGAUGCUGCUGCUGCCCAUUUGCCAGUUCUUGAUCUGCGACGCGUUUGGGAUCUCGCGGAUUGUCGACGACCAUCCCACUGCGGCAAGCUCGCCAAUAAUAUGCCGUGUCAGCACACCCGGUCCCUGAGGAUGGUGCUUCUGGACACGAUUCGGAGCUCGUACCUGCGCGCCAUGGCGAGGCUGCCACGCUCUGAGCUGAGGUCUCGCUACCACCGCAGCCUGCUCAUGGGCGGCCACUGCUACGGGCCCUUGGACCCUGUCUGCAACAUCAUCAUCAACACGAUCUGGUACGAUGCCAAUUUUCCAGCAGCAGACCCGCCCGUGCUCGACGUGAUCGGCCCCAACAGUCUCACUCGCCUGGAAAGCCGUUCUUUUUAUGGCCUCGCGUCCUUUCUCCAGACCCGCUACCACAACCUGUCAGAGCACGAAAUUGUGCAGUGCCUGAUCGCAAACUAUGCGCGCCUAAACAUUGAUGCAGAAGAACAGGAAGAGCGUCAGCAAUACCAGCACAAUCUCGAUUUUCUCCAUCCAAGAAGUUGGUAUGGCUUCUACGAUGCUGUCAGGAAGGCCGCAGAACAAACGCCAUGCGGGACAUUCCAAGAAGCCUAUGAAGCUGCAGCUACGGCAGCAUGGCAUCCGAAACCCGUGGAGCAAGCCGAAUUUCUCAGUUGCUGCAAGAAAAUUCUGCAGGGGCCUGCCUUGUUGCUGCUGCAGAACGGAGCCCGUCUGUCCUCAGAUGAUGUCCAGCACAUUGCUGGAUUAUUGUCUCCCAAGGAGGAGCCAGUUCCUGAGCGAACCAAAAGGUCGACCUAUCCCACAGUAGCGGGAAAGAAGCGUUCUGAGGCUCAGCAGAGAAGAAUAAGUAGAUGGGUGGAAGCUGCACUGGAUACUCACGCACUGCAAGAUGGAGAACCCAUGUAUGACCUACACAUUAUCUGUGGCGUGAAUGAGCUAGUUUGCGGCCCUGAGUUCUGCAGUGACAGGGAUGAUGAUCUUUCCUUUGCACCUUGCAAAUUUUUCUACUCCCAUGUGAACUUUUUGGCGACUCAAAGAGAUUCUCAAUCUGCUGAAAGAGAUCCAGCACUUUUUUUUGCUGAGUUUGACAAUGAGGAUGAUGGCAAAGUACUAAAGUGCUGCCGUGUGGAUAUGCCACUGCCAUACACUGUCCUGUGCAUCAGAACAUGUGCGGUGCCUAUAUUGUGAGUCCGAGGGAGCAAAGGUUGUCCAUCCAGCUAUGGAAAAAUUCCAUGGUGGGGACCAAGCGUUCGAGGAGAUGAUCUGCCGAGGAGAUUACCUUGCCAAUGAACGUCUUAUCUGUAAGAGUGAAUAUGCUGUUCAGCGCAUGUGUGGAGUAGAAGAGGACUUCAUGUAUGUUGAUGUCACAUAGAUUUGUAAGAAGCUCUGCAGUGAUUCUUUUGUUGACUAAUGAGUCACUCAUCAUCAGGUGAGGGUUGAAUCUAAUUAACUAUAUAUUAGAGGUGAUCAGAGACUAUUAUUUUCUAAUGUUAAUCAUUUGGCAACAGCGAAUGGUACGACCUUGUGUAACAUUUUGAAUUUGUCAUGAAUUUUCCAUGCCAAUUUUAUAAGUACUUUGUUGUGA